GUGAAAACCACUUUUAUAUUUAGUCCUUUUAAAAUACAGCAUGUAAAUUUAGAAAAUCGUCAUACUAUAUUAAGGUGUAUUGACAAAACACAAGUUGAAGCUGUGUAUGAAUCUGACUACUGAAUGAAUAUGGAAGCUCUUCAGUGUUACAGCACUAAUAGCAGUAGUGAGGAUGAGUAUAGUAAUUCAGACUGGAAUUGUGCUUUAUCACAUGAGGGAAAGAAGGUGCUUGAUAAAAAUAGCUCUGAGAAAACAUCAUUACAUGACAAUAUAAACUCUGCUGGUUUAUUGAAUGUAAAACAUGAAAAAAAGUGUGAAGAUUUCUUUGGGUUGAAAGAUAGUAGUGAUGAUGAAGAAGCAGAAGUCAGAAUGCUGGCAGAGCUUGAAGAUGUGAAAUUAGAUUUACUUUUAGAAGAUCGUAGCUCAGUUUUAGCCAAAGAACAGUAUGGACCUGCACUACCAGUUUCAGGAGCUAAAGAAAUUAAGCCAUCUCCUGCAGACAAAAACAGAACAAACACACUCAGUAAAAGAUAUUUUCGAAAAAAAGGGCAUAGUGACAGUUAUGUGCUAAAUUAUGGUGAAUAUAAAAAAAAACAUUUGUCAUAUGAUCAGGUCCUUUAUGGAAUUAAUACAUGUGAAGCAAGUACAACAAGUCAAAGUGAAAUUAUAAAAAGUCCAAGUAAAAAUGUACUACAUGAUUACCAUGCAUAUUCUACUUUCUGUCGUGUGAGUGAAACUGUAGAUAAAGUAAGUGACUAUGACCAUCAUAAUGUCAAAGACAUAAAAUUGCCUUAUAUUGACGAAAGCAUAAAAAAUACUGCAGAAGAAAAGUUAUUCUUCAAACAUCCAAAGAUUCAUGCACACAUUAAAUCAAAUGCCUCAUGUAAAGCACCAAGAAGAAUUGAUUGCCAGCUCGGUUCUCAUCAUAAUUCUGUUACUUCUCUACAAUGGAACACAGCCAAGUACAGUCAUUUGCUUUUAUCAUCCUCAUUGGAUAAGAUUCUAAAGGUAUGGAAUACACUUAACAAAACCUGUCUGCAAGAACUGUCUGUACAUCAAGAAGGUAUCAGAAGUGCGGUGUGGACCUUAUCAGGAACCAAGUGUCUUUCUGGAAGCUAUGAUAUGACUGCCCAUUUGACUAAUGUCCUGACGGGUCAAAUAGAAUACACCUGCCAACAUCAAAGCUAUGUCACAAGUGUUCAGGUUUGUCCUGAGGCUGAGGAAAUAUUUCUGACAGGAAGUAAGGAUACUGUUGCUGCUUGGGACAGCCGCAUUCAACCCACUGCAGCAAUAAUGAAAUACAAGUCAACUUGUGGCCAGAUUUUGGACAUAGCCUUUUUACCUGGAGGAAAAGAGUUUUUAUGCAGCUCUGAAAUUGUUAGUCGUGACUCACCUGACAGGACAUUGAUGGCCUGGGAUUGGAGAUCAGGAGCUCUGUUGUCUAAUCAAAUUUUUCAUGAAAGAUACACUUGCCCUUGCUUACGGGUAGAUCCAUUUGGACAGUAUUUCAUUGCACAAACAAAUGGGAACUACAUCGCAAUAUUUUCUACAAUCCAUCCAUACAAAAUGAAUAAGAAGAAAAGAUAUGAAGGGCACAAGGUGUCAGGUUACAGCAUAGGGUGUGACAUUAGUCCUGACAGUACAAUGGUGAUUAGUGGAGACAUAGAAGGUCACCUGUGUGUCUAUGAUGCCACAAGUACAAGAUUAUUUCGAAAAUUAUCCUGUGGAAGCUCACCAACAACUUGUGUUGCUUGGCAUCCUGUAUUGUUCAGUACAGUUGCCUUGGGAACAUGGAAUGGAGACUUAGGAAUCUGGCAGUAAUAUGUAAUAUUGUAUAAAGCCAUACUGAAUAUCUAAUUUGUUGAUGUGUAAUAACUAUGAUAUAUUUGUAUUCACACAAAAAUGUUUUUAGUGAUAGUCUUCCCAUAAUUAUAAGUUGUUUACGCUUUGCUGUACAGUUUGUUACAUUUUUUUACAUGUAUUUUAAUAUGUUUUAGUAAUUCCUGUUUUAAAAAUUGUAUGUUCACUGAAACUGAUAUUUACAAAAAAUACUAUGUAACUUGAAAAUGUAUAAUUUUUUUUACUCGCAUGGAGUAGGAAACUAAGCUACUACUAAUUUGUUCGCACUGCCAGACUAAUCAGAUUCUAUACUGAGACACAUGAAAACUUUUGUUUGUGAAAGUUCAUUCAGGCUGUUUAGUACUUGAACAUAGUUACAAAUGUUAAUUCUAGGCUAAUCACAGUAUACAAAGUUGUAGAAAAAGCAAAAGAUUUUUAACAUCAAACUAACCAGGCUCUAUAUAGUUCUAGAGAAAUCAUAAGAUCAUAUUCACACAAAACAAAUUUUAAAACAAACAAAAAUGGUUAGUUUACAUUACUAAUUAACCAUUAUUUUAAAGUGAGUUCUAAAUUUUGUUUGCAUUAAUACAGUUAAAAAACUUUAGCUUGUUUAAGAACUCUAUUUCAAAAUAUUAAGAUUGUGUUUAAGUUACACAUAAUUUGUUUAAUCAUAUUAAACUAACUACAUUGUGUGUAACAUAAGCUAAAGAAGUUCAAACUAGACUAAUGAGGUGGUGUUGAGUUUUGAAGUAGACAUAAUAUUUUGUCCUUAUCUGAAUCAGUAAACACCUUAAGACAGUGAGCAACCUUGACUUUUUAGAACUCGGGUAAUCUACUUACCUAUAAAGCUUUUACAGAAAUACAGACUCUUGACUAAAGCUAUAACAUGUAACAUUUAUUAGCGUAAGUUGGAAGCACAUUACACCAGAUACAUUUUGCAUACCAAGCCUUAUUCAGCUACAAAACAUUUUCUCAAGCAGUAGCCCAAAAAUAAAUUUCAGGGUACCAAAGCUGAUUGUACAUUUAUUUCACUGUUGUAAGUGUUAAUACCCCUCAAAGCAUCUGAACAUUUCUGAAGCUUCCAUUUUAAGUUAGAUAUUAAAACUCAAGUUUUAUGGGCACUAAA